GUCGCCAAUACCGCAUAUACUGAGACCCCCUCAAGAGGGUCUCGUAAAAUUCUUUCGCUUGUGUGAGAACAUGCGCUCUCAUUAAACCGGGACAUCCUCAUAUCUCUUCCUCUGCGAACACGCCUCUCUCGCUCAAGACGAGGCUCCACGUGGCCUUGUCGCGCUCUGAUGUUGGCCGUCUGCUCUUCGCGCCUCCCGGGAGCCAUAUUAUAGAUCUUGAUUCUGUAACACAGCAUGUAUCAUCUUGCACGCUCCUUGUAUCUCUAUGCCACCAGCAAACCAGAAUACUCGAUAAUCCUGCUCGGCCUCGAUAACGCUGGCAAAACCACCCUUUUAUCCCAGAUCAAAGCCCUCUUCAACACCCUUGUCGACCCCGCGGGACAGACUGGAGAUGCCGCGCCAUCGGACACGGCUGGAAACACGGUCCCCACUGUGGGACAAAAUGUCGCGACAAUAGACCUGCCAGACAUGUAUCUUAAAAUCUGGGACGUCGGUGGUCAGAUGAGCCUGCGCAGGCUGUGGACCAGCUACUACAAGAGUGCGCAUGCCAUAGUGUUUGUGGUUGAUAGCACAGACUUGGGCAAUGGAGAUCUUGACGAGGCUCCCCGGACGCCUGGCUGGCAUGGCAGGAGAAAAAGUUUCAUUGGGAAUGGAGGUAGUGGCACCGGUCCAGAUGAAGAGCCUCAGACCCCAUGGACUCCUAUGACGCCUGUAACUCCCGGACUCUUGUUGGCGGGUUUGCCUCAGGGCCGUUUGGACGAGUGUCGAGCGGUAUUGGAAAGCGUGCUCGGGAGCGAAGACACCGCAGGAAUCCCUAUCUUGGUCCUAGCAAAUAAACAGGAUCGCGAAGACUCACUAGAAGUGGUGAGAAUCAAAGAAGGGUUUGUGAGAAAAGUCUUUGAGGGCGAAAAGGGUGUCAUGGUGCGGGACAGUCGUGUGUUGCCUGUCAGCGCUCUUCGUGGUACUGGUGUGAAGGAAGCGGUUGAAUGGGUCAAGAGUCGGGUGGUCUGGAACAAAGAAAGUCGACCUCCGAUCAUGCGUUGAGGUUGAUGACACGGACACUAUGCAAACAGGUAUUUGUCUAUGGUCCUAGGCUUUCAUUGCUUCGACUCAAUGAUCGCCGCACACACACCGUCUUCACAAUCGUCCAGAAAUUAUUAGAUAAGGACUAUAAAGAUCAUUUUCAGCGAAGACAAUUGCAAACAAGAAUCGGUUCCUAAACAUUUUGAA